GGUAUAUAGUAUAUAUACUUGGGUAGAUAAAAAAAAUAUUACACUCAAAUUCUUUUAGUUCAUCUAUUGUGGUAUACACCAACAUCAAUCAUGGCCUUCAAACUAGUGGUUGCUUGCAUUCUUUUGAUCUUGGGACUGGCCAGGGCCGCUCCAGGGGGGUGGGGGCACCAAGUUCACCAUGAACACCAUUUGAUCCACGCCCCUCUGUACGUGAGGCCGGAGAUAGUCCAUGUGCAUGAAGUCGAAAAGGUGCACAUUCCAGUCCACAUUAUCAAGAAGGUGAUCAUCGAGGAGGAGCCCCAUCACCACGAAGAGUUCCAUCACGAGCAUCACCACCACAUCGAAGCACCAAUUGGUGGUGGAGGCGGUUGGUGGUAAACUCCGCAUGCAGUACGAACGAGAGUUUAGUGUGAUACGAGUGUGGAUAUGAUUGAAGAAAGUGCAAAACUAAUUUUAUUGGAUCUAGUCGUUUUGUAGUUCUUAAUAGUCGUAUUCGAUUGUCUGUUGUUUUAUUUAAGUUGUUAUGUUUGUAGAUAGUUAUAUUUAAAUAAAACUUUUUUGUAUAAAAAAUAA